AUGUCCUUUUCGCCUCCACCUGGUUCACAGAUCCCAAAUAAAUAUUCAAAAUCUAAUCAGCACCAAGCUCAAAGUACAGACCGCGACUCAUUUGAUCUACAAUUCGAGGACUCUUUAGACGCUGCGUUAGAAUCUUUACAAUUACCUGAGCAUUCUCAUAGAAGGGAAAACAGUACUGUUUUCGAAGAUUUUGAGAUGAAAUCAAUGCAUGGCGAUCACCAAACUGGUAUGUUACAUUCCGAUGCAGAUACCGCUCCAUUGAUAACAAAUCACAGUAACAACGGAAGGAUGUUGUCAAAUAGUGAUAGAAACGCACAAAAUACUAAUAAUAUUACUGUAUGGUCAAAAGCUAAAAGUUGGUUUGAACAUUCAUUUACAAAAGCAAAAUCGAAGCCAUCCUCUUUAUCUGUGUACAGCUCUACCAAUUCCGUUGACGGGAACAAAAUUGAACUGAACGAUCAUAAUGUAGAAAGAGAAAUUCACCCUGCAACGACUCCCAUAUAUGACAGAAAAAAGUACCCUUCAAAUGUUAUAUCAAACGCAAAAUAUAACCCGUUUACAUUCAUCCCACUAAUAUUGUAUGAACAAUUCAAGUUCUUCUUCAAUUUAUAUUUUCUAAUAGUUGCAUUAUCUCAGGCCAUUCCUCAGCUUCGUAUUGGUUACCUUUCAUCCUACAUUGUCCCCCUAGCUUUCGUUUUGACUGUUACAAUGUCUAAGGAGGCCAUGGAUGAUAUUAAUAGAAGAAAACGUGACAGAGAGGCCAACAAUGAGUUAUAUGAAGUUGUGAAUAAACCCUGUCCAAUACCAUCGAAAGAUCUAAAGGUUGGUGAUAUAAUCAAGCUAAAAAAAGGUGCUAGGGUACCAGCAGACGUAGUAGUUUUACAAACAAAUGAGCCAAAUGGUGAAUCUUUCAUUAAAACAGACCAGCUUGAUGGUGAAACUGACUGGAAACUACGUCUUGCAUGUUCAUUAACUCAAUCUUUGACAGAGAAUGAUCUACUGAAUAAUAUAACAAUUACUGCAUCAGCUCCUGAACAUUCUAUACAUAACUUUUUGGGCAAGAUUACCUACAAAGAUUCGACUUCAUCACCUCUAUCCGUUGACAACACAAUGUGGGAAAAUACCGUCCUUGCAUCAUCUGCAGCCUGCAUCUGUUGUAUUGUUUACACUGGACGCGAAACAAGACAGGCCUUGAACACUACUAAAUCAAAAGCUAAAACUGGUCUAUUGGAACUAGAGAUCAAUGGGCUAUCGAAAAUUCUAUGUGCAUGUGUAUUCUUGCUUUCGAUAAUGCUUGUAGCGUUUGCGGGUUUCAAUAACAACGAUUGGUACGUUGAUAUCAUGAGAUAUUUGAUUUUAUUCUCCACCAUCAUUCCAGUUUCAUUACGAGUCAACCUAGAUCUAGGAAAGUCCGUGUAUGCGUAUAAAAUUGAGCACGACAAGCAAAUUGAAGAUACCAUCGUAAGAACAAGUACCAUACCGGAAGAUUUAGGACGCAUCGAAUAUUUAUUAAGUGACAAAACAGGAACUCUUACUCAAAACGAUAUGCAAUUGAAAAAAAUUCACCUAGGAACAGUAUCUUAUACAAAUGAAACUAUGGACAUCGUUACGGAUUUCAUACAAUCAAUGAAUUCAAGGACUUCUAAUAGUACUCCUACCACUACCCGGAAAAAUAUUUCAGAUCGUGUUAUUGAUUUAGUGACAACAUUAGCUAUCUGCCACAACGUUACACCUACAUUUGAAGAUGGUGAACUAACUUACCAAGCAGCAUCUCCUGAUGAAAUUGCCAUUGUUAAAUUUACAGAAUCAGUUGGAUUGUCACUCUUCAGGAGAGAUCGUCACUCAAUCUCAUUAUUUCAUGAUCAUUCCGGAAUGAAAUUGGAAUAUGACAUCAAAAUACUCUUUCCCUUCAAUUCUGACUCUAAGAGAAUGGGUGUCAUUAUCUUCGAUAAACUAAAACAAGAAUACUGGUUUUUACAGAAAGGAGCUGAUACCGUAAUGAGUAGCAUCGUGGUCAGAAACGAUUGGCUAGAAGAGGAAACGAGUAACAUGGCUACGGAAGGUUUACGCACCUUGGUGAUAGGACGUAAAAAAUUGAGCACAAAUCUUUUCGAGCAAUUCGAAAAAGAGUACUCGGAGGCAUCUUUAACAAUGAUGGAUCGCGAGGUCCAUAUGCAAAAUGUUGUUAGAAAAUUUCUUGAAAAUGACUUGGAGCUACUUGGUUUGACUGGUGUCGAAGACAAACUUCAAAAAGAUGUGAAGUCUUCAAUCGAAUUGUUAAGAAACGCAGGUAUUAAAAUAUGGAUGCUAACUGGGGAUAAAGUUGAAACCGCCAGAUGUGUCUCCAUAUCAGCCAAAUUAAUCUCAAGAGGGCAAUACGUUCAUACUGUUACUAAAGUAAACAAACCAGAAGGUGCUCUUCAUCACUUGGAGUAUCUUCAAGUAAACCAAAAUUCAUGUCUUUUGAUUGAUGGUGAAUCACUCGGCUUGUAUUUGCAAUACUUCCCUGAUGAAUUCUUCGAUAUUGUUGUAAAUUUGCCCACGGUUGUUGCAUGUCGUUGUACUCCACAACAGAAAGCUGAUGUCGCUGUUUUUAUCCGUCAAGCAACAGGAAAACGUGUUUGUUGUAUCGGUGAUGGUGGUAAUGAUGUCAGUAUGAUUCAAUGUGCUGAUGUUGGUGUCGGUAUUGUGGGUAAGGAAGGUAAGCAAGCCUCGUUAGCCGCUGACUUUUCAAUUACCCAAUUUUGUCAUUUAACCAAACUUUUGUUGUGGCACGGAAGAAAUUCUUACAAAAGCUCUGCCAAAUUAUCUCAAUUUGUGAUUCAUAGGGGCCUCAUCAUUUCUGUUUGCCAAGCGGUCUACUCAAUCUGCUCAAUGUUUGAACCAUUAGCACUAUACCAAGGUUGGUUAAUGGUAGGAUACGCCACCUGUUAUACAAUGGCACCUGUGUUUUCGUUGACCUUGGAUCAUGACAUCGAUGAAUCAUUGACCACUCUUUACCCAGAACUUUACAAAGAACUAACUCUAGGUAAAUCCCUUUCUUUUAAGACAUUUUUUGUCUGGGUUGCUCUUUCUGUGUUUCAAGGAUGCGUUAUACAAAUGGCAUCCCAAUUCUUUACUAGUUUAAAUGAUUCCGAUUUUACGAAAAUGGUGGCCAUAAGUUUUACAGCUCUAGUUUUGAAUGAAUUGAUCAUGGUAGGUCUAGAGAUUAAUACAUGGAACAAGAUAAUGGCUAUAACAGAAGUCGUGACACUCUUGAUUUAUCUAGGCUCCAUCCCUUUCCUUGGUGAGUAUUUUGACUUAUCCUAUGUUUCCACGACUAAAUUUCCUCUAAGGGUUUUGGUCAUAUUGGUGAUCUCAGUGGUACCAGUUUGGGCCGCAAAGAGCAUAUAUAGACGCCUAAAUCCUCCAAACUACGCAAAAGUUCAACAGUUUUCGAUGGUUUGA